AUGCAGCCAGCGCCGACUCGUCUCCCUGCCGCACAUCGCGCGUGCUCCCUAUCCGCACUUCCCGCCCACUUCCCCCCAAUAAGCGCCAAGAGCCGUCCCCCCCUGCUGCCUUCAUCAUCGUUGCCCUCCUCCCAUCUCUCCCACCCUAUCUCCUCGCCUGCCCCACAUCCCUGCUUCUCUCUCUUCCCCUCCCUGCCCCACAUCCCUGCUUCUCUCUCUUCCCCUCCCUGCCCCACAUCCCUGCUUCUCUCUCUUCCCCUCCCUUCCCCACAUCCCUGCUUCUCUCUCUUCCCCUCCCUGCCCCACAUCCCUGCUUCUCUCUCUUCCCCUCCCUGCCCCACAUCCCUGCUUCUCUCUCUUCCCCUCCCUGCCCCACAUCCCUGCUUCUCUCUCUUCCCCUCCCUGCCCCACAUCCCUGCUUCUCUCUCUUCCCCUCCCUGCCCCACAUCCCUGCUUCUCUCUCUUCCCCUCCCUGCCCCACAUCCCUGCUUCUCUCUCUUCCCCUCCCUGCCCCACAUCCCUGCUUCUCUCUCUCUUCCCCUCCCUGCCCCACAUCCCUGCUUCUCUCUCUUCCCCUCCCUGCCCCACAUCCCUGCUUCUCUCUCUUCCCCUCCCUGCCCCACAUCCCUGCUUCUCUCUCUUCCCCUCCCUGCCCCACAUCCCUGCUUCUCUCUCUUCCCCUCCCUGCCCCACAUCCCUGCUUCUCUCUCUUCCCCUCCCUGCCCCACAUCCCUGCUUCUCUCUCUUCCCCUCCCUGCCCCACAUCCCUGCUUCUCUCUCUUCCCCUCCCUGCCCCACAUCCCUGCUUCUCUCUCUUCCCCUCCCUGCUCCACAUCCCUGCUUCUCUCUCUUCCCCUCCCUGCCCCACAUCCCUGCUUCUCUCUCUUCCCCUCCCUGCCCCACAUCCCUGCUUCUCUCUCUUCCCCUCCCUGCCCCACAUCCCUGCUUCUCUCUCUUCCCCUCCCUGCCCCACAUCCCUGCUUCUCUCUCUUCCCCUCCCUGCCCCACAUCCCUGCUUCUCUCUCUUCCCCUCCCUGCCCCACAUCCCUGCUUCUCUCUCUUCCCCUCCCUGCCCCACAUCCCUGCUUCUCUCUCUUCCCCUCCCUGCCCCACAUCCCUGCUUCUCUCUCUUCCCCUCCCUGCCCCACAUCCCUGCUUCUCUCUCUUCCCCUCCCUGCCCCACAUCCCUGCUUCUCUCUCUUCCCCUCCCUGCCCCACAUCCCUGCUUCUCUCUCUUCCCCUCCCUGCCCCACAUCCCUGCUUCUCUCUCUUCCCCUCCCUGCCCCACAUCCCUGCUUCUCUCUCUUCCCCUCCCUGCCCCACAUCCCUGCUUCUCUCUCUUCCCCUCCCUGCUCCACAUCCCUGCUUCUCUCUCUUCCCCUCCCUGCCCCACAUCCCUGCUUCUCUCUCUUCCCCUCCCUGCCCCACAUCCCUGCUUCUCUCUCUUCCCCUCCCUGCCCCACAUCCCUGCUUCUCUCUCUUCCCCUCCCUGCCCCACAUCCCUGCUUCUCUCUCUUCCCCUCCCUGCCCCACAUCCCUGCUUCUCUCUCUUCCCCUCCCUGCCCCACAUCCCUGCUUCUCUCUCUUCCCCUCCCUGCCCCACAUCCCUGCUUCUCUCUCUUCCCCUCCCUGCCCCACAUCCCUGCUUCUCUCUCUUCCCCUCCCUGCCCCACAUCCCUGCUUCUCUCUCUUCCCCUCCCUGCCCCACAUCCCUGCUUCUCUCUCUUCCCCUCCCUGCCCCACAUCCCUGCUUCUCUCUCUUCCCCUCCCUGCCCCACAUCCCUGCUUCUCUCUCUUCCCCUCCCUGCCCCACAUCCCUGCUUCUCUCUCUUCCCCUCCCUGCCCCACAUCCCUGCUUCUCUCUCUUCCCCUCCCUGCCCCACAUCCCUGCUUCUCUCUCUUCCCCUCCCUGCCCCACAUCCCUGCUUCUCUCUCUUCCCCUCCCUGCCCCACAUCCCUGCUUCUCUCUCUUCCCCUCCCUGCCCCACAUCCCUGCUUCUCUCUCUUCCCCUCCCUGCCCCACAUCCCUGCUUCUCUCUCUUCCCCUCCCUGCCCCACAUCCCUGCUUCUCUCUCUUCCCCUCCCUGCCCCACAUCCCUGCUUCUCUCUCUUCCCCUCCCUGCCCCACAUCCCUGCUUCUCUCUCUUCCCCUCCCUGCCCCACAUCCCUGCUUCUCUCUCUUCCCUUCCCUGCCCCACAUCCCUGCUUCUCUCUCUUCCCCUCCCUGCCCCACAUCCCUGCUUCUCUCUCUUCCCCUCCCUGCCCCACAUCCCUGCUUCUCUCUCUUCCCCUCCCUGCCCCACAUCCCUGCUUCUCUCUCUUCCCCUCCCUGCCCCACAUCCCUGCUUCUCUCUCUUCCCCUCCCUGCUCCACAUCCCUGCUUCUCUCUCUUCCCCUCCCUGCCCCACAUCCCUGCUUCUCUCUCUUCCCCUCCCUGCCCCACAUCCCUGCUUCUCUCUCUUCCCCUCCCUGCCCCACAUCCCUGCUUCUCUCUCUUCCCCUCCCUGCCCCACAUCCCUGCUUCUCUCUCUUCCCCUCCCUGCCCCACAUCCCUGCUUCUCUCUCUUCCCCUCCCUGCCCCACACUGCUAUUUUCCCAAGCUGCCUUCGUCAUCAUGGCCCUCGUUCCCCUCCCUGUUCGCCGCCUCUCACUGCCCGCCCCAAGGUGCGCGGGUCGGAUGCAACGAACCUGGGGCGAACGCGAGAGGCACAGAGGGACAUCUGGCAGCACCAGUUUCCGGCAGGCGACUGCAGCGCACAGAGGCUGCUGCUCAUUGACUGGCCGGCGUCGCAGCACGGGUUGGGGUCGCAGCUGCACAUCAUGAGCGCCGCCCUCAGCCUCGCCAUGCACCACUCCCGCGUGCUCGUGCCCACCGCCUCCUUUGACCGCGCCAACCACGCCAAGUGCAACGCCACAGGCGCCGUGGCGUCCUUCCACUGCUACUUUUUCCCGCUCGUCUCACCGCACUGUGAGAGGGCAGCAGCUGACGCAGCAGCAGCGGGGCUGGUGGGCGAGUGUGCAUCGCACGAGCCGCCAGCGAGGGACGGCGUGCUGGCGAGUGAGAGGCGCGUGGUGUGCUUCCAUGGGGAGCCGUACAGCGCUCUGUGGCUCGAGGCCACCGUGGCCAAUGGAGCUGGUAACAUAGGUGCAGCUGGUAACACCAGUGCAGCUGGUAACACGAGUGCAGCUGGCAACACGAGUGCAGCUGGUAACACGAGUGCAGCUGGUAACACGAGUGCAGCUGGUAACACGAGUGCAGCUGGUAACACGAGUGCAGCUGGUAACACGAGUGCAGCUGGUAACACGAGUGCUGCUGGUAACACGAGUGCAGCUGGUAACACGAGUGCAGCUGAUAAUACAAGUGCAGCUGGUAACACGAGUGCAGCUGGUAAAACGAGUGCUGCUGGUAAAACGAGUGCAACUGGUAACACGAGUGCAGCUGGUAACACGAGUGCAGCUGGUAACACGAGUGCAGCUGGUAACACGAGUGCAGCUGGUAACACGAGUUCUGCUGCAGAAACGGCUGAUGGAGGAGGCAGCAGAAUAGCAGCAGGCAAAACAGAAUCAUCAAGCUCUACCCAAGCGAGCAGCAAAGUGUUCCCAUGGCAGCAGCAAGGGCAGCAGGGGUGCACUCUUGAGGGCACCGCAUGGGCUCGCCAGGGGCUGGGCCAAUGUGCUCCCACCAGCGCGGCCUGCAGCACUGCUGAUGCUGGUGCCCGUGUUGAUGGGGCGGGUGAAGGGGAAGCAUGGGGCAAUGAGUGGGGCGGGGAGGGGGCGGGGGAGGCGUACCUGCCGCGGCCGAUAGUGAGCAUGCACGUGCGGCAGAGCGACAAGGGCGGCGAGAUGCCACUGCACUCGCUGGCUGCCCACAUGUGGAUGGCCUACCGCCUCCGCCUCGCCCUGCCCCACCUGCGCCACGUCUGGCUCUCCUCCGAAAUGCAGACGGUGAUAGACGAGGCAGCGCAGUACCGCGACUGGACCUUCCUGCACUCCAGCAAUGCGCGCACCAACGUGUCGGUGCCGCACUGGGACGUGGAGGAGGCAGCUGGGCGGCACGUGGUGGUGGGCAGCAGCCUGGCAGAGCUGCUCACUGCAGCCCAGUGCGACUUCUUCAUCGGGGCGCUGGGGUCCAACUGGGUGAGGAUGAUCAACGAACUGCGCUCCACCAAUGGCCGCCUGCUGCGUGGAUUCAUUGCCCUCAACAUACAAGAGUUUUGA